AAAUAUUGCUUAUUUAUAUAUUUUAAACUAAAAAUAAAUUUUUAAAGAUUAGAAUUCACACUACUAAGUAAAAUGGAAACCAAAAUGACGCGGAAGAAUACAAACUGUCGAAGCCUAUUUUAGCGUAGUCAACCACGCCGUGCAUUAGGAAAUAUUCGCAUCUAAGUCGGCGACACGAGCUGAGAAAGGUCCGAACACGAAAUUCAUAUCGCUCUCUUGUGAAAGUAAGUAUAUUUUAGUGUUCACUUAAUAAUUAACUGAAGAAAGUUUUUCUUUUACGUAUGAUUCAUUCUUCAAGUUAACUAUCUGUCAGUAUUACAGAAUACGAUUAAUUAAAUUUUAAUGAAUAAACUUUAUUUGACGCCCAACCACCCUAAUCUACGGCUAUGAUAUGUUACCGUAAAUCGUUGACAAUUUUUAGCGUUUGAUUGCGACAAUAGUCCGUUGUACCAACAUAGGUUUACAAAGACAAGCACUUGCAGACUUAAACUUACUUAUUCAAAUUCUGUGCACAAGAGGUAACAUAACAGGUAACGGAACGGCAUGGGUUUUCCAAGAGUUUUCCGUGCCCUAACAGCAGUGAGAUCAGUUUGGGGGAAUCCCAACAUUGGACUGAAUUGAACUAAACCAAUGGUCUGCACAUUCAUUAGUGAGUAAAUAGUAAAAAAAAAUCAGCAGUAGGAUGCUUCAAAUUUUUGAGAGCCAUAUUUAUUUUCAAGAACCAUGUUUUUCGAUGUAGAAGCUGUUUACUGUAGUUAGAUACUUCGAUAAAACAAGGGAGACUACUACUUUUUUUGUAUCGGAAAUGGGCGUUGGCGCCGAAAAAUCCGAGUUUUUAAUUUUCCUAUGUGUGUGUCUAUUUAUUAUUAAAUUAGUUCUUUGGACAUAUAUUUGAGUUCCGUUUCCGGCCUUAUAAUUUGGAAGACAUCUUGGCCUACAUUUCCAUCCAACUAAUUUGCUUUUUCAAUCGACCUUUAUUUUGGAAAUCUUUGGUAUAUAUAAGGCAUCUUCGCAUGCAAAAUUUUUUGUGAAAUAUAAAAUACAGGUCUUUCAUAUUAAAUCGUGUAAGGCAUCAGAUAUUGAUAUAUAUCUGUGCCAAUUCUCAUUGAUGUAGGUCGUGUCCCACGUUCGCUACGCUUCUCCCAGUGACCCAUAUCACCAUAAGUAAGGGGGCUCCACCUUAUUUCGACAUGGCGUGGGCCACGCCCCCUUUUUAAUGGCGGAAGUUGCCGAUACUUAAGAAAUAUUUAAUUAUUACCACUAUAUACAUCAAAAUAUUUGAUAACUUGUGUUUCAGAAUGCAUUUUGAAGACAUUUAAACUGGAAUGUUUUAAUUUGAGCUUUAAAAACUCUGUAGAGUCCAUAUUAUAAAUGAUCAGAAAUUUCCGUGUGCAACACGUUGUCAUUGGCAACCAUUCACAGCCACUUGCAUAACGGCUAUAUCGUAGUACUAUCUCAGAGUUUCAUUCAUAAGUGUUUGCCGUGUGCAAAAACUAUUAAACCAUUGGUCAGGGAAAGCUUUAAUUAAUUAUUCAUGUGCCAAAGUUGAAAGAUUAAAAUAAUCGACCCUAAACAGUAUUUUAGUGAUAAGGGAAUGCCUUAGCCUUAUAUAAACUAUAUAGUCAUUGCGUAUGACGCGAUCGGCGGAAUGACGUCACAGAAUGUGGAGAUGCAGUCCAUGUUAAAAAAGGACAAACCAAGUCGUACUUUAAAAAUUCAUAACUUUAAAACUACAACAGCUAAAAAUAUGAUUUUGGUUUUAUAAUUCUGUUUAAAAUUAGCUCUAUUCAACUGUGCCAUUGGUUUAUUUUUAAAAAAAUGUUUACAUUUUUGACCAAAGUAUCUACUGUAGUCUGGUCGAGCCGUACUCUGGUCGCUAAGGUUAAGGAGCCGCAAGGAUUUGCUGACCGCUCGAGUAGACCAACAAUUGGACCUGAAUGAUAACUCUCCCGUUCUUCACUGAGCAUUAUUAGGUCAAAAACAUCUGAUUCAUACUAAUCAUACAGUUAAAAUAAAAAAAAAUUUAAAUGAAAUUUUCCUUUCGGUUUUUAUUAAAAUUCAACUAGAUUCAGGAGAAAUAAGAAAUUAUCUUCGUUUAUACCGUACACUCAUGGUUAAAAGUGCUAUUUUUUAAAUUGGAAGACCAGUAUGCUAUUAAUUUCUAUACUGCAAUUUGAACUGGACAUUCAACAUUAUUUAUGGAGAGGGGAGACCCCUCCAAUUGAGUGAAUUUCUGGGGAGGGAAAAAUGAACGGAACUAUGGCCAGUAGUUAGCUGGGGAACCUCCAUGACUUAUAUACCGCUGAAGACCCCACUGGCCCUGUCAACUUCUUUUUUAUUUAUAUCCUUGCUUGUAUUACAAAUAAGUUUUGGGGUAAGAACAUCUCCCCGUUUUCAAAAUUAACUUGUAUAAAUCUUUUGAUCACCGAGCCAUAGACUGAGGACAGUAACCAGGGAAACGUCAUUUUCCUGUGGAGGACCCCUCCCCCACUUAUAUAGAAAAAUAAACAGUGUCAGGGUGUGGGAGACGCCUUCCCCCAAUCAAAAAGAUAUCUAAAAGAUAUCUUUUUACUAAAUCUUGUGUGCAUCCACAAUUUCUUAGAAUAGUACUUACAUUUUUCAUUUAUACCAACUUGUUUUUCAGAUGCCAGAAAUAAACUCUGCUGAGGAAAUGGAGGGGGAGAAGGAAACUUUUGCAUUCCAGGCUGAAAUUGCCCAGUUGAUGAGUCUAAUCAUCAACACUUUUUACAGCAACAAAGAAAUUUUCCUGAGAGAAUUAAUUUCUAAUGCAUCUGAUGCACUUGAUAAAAUUCGCUAUGAGUCACUCACAGACCCUAGUAAACUGGACAGUGGCAAAGACUUGCACAUCAGAAUCAUCCCAGACAAGGAGAACAAAACACUCACAAUUGAGGAUACUGGUAUUGGUAUGACAAAAGCUGACCUUGUCAACAACCUAGGUACCAUUGCCAAAUCUGGCACCAAAGCUUUUAUGGAGGCACUUCAAGCAGGUGCAGACAUAUCUAUGAUUGGCCAGUUUGGUGUAGGUUUCUACUCAGCCUACCUUAUUGCAGAUCGUGUUGUUGUUGAUUCAAAACAUAAUGAUGAUGAACAAUACACCUGGGAAUCUUCUGCUGGUGGAUCCUUCACUGUGGCUAUAUCCAGAGCAGCACCGUUGUCUAGAGGUACUAGAAUCACAUUGUUCAUGAAAGAAGAUCAACUAGAAUACUUGGAAGAGAAGAGAAUUAAGGAUGUUAUUAAAAAACACAGUCAAUUCAUUGGGUAUCCCAUUAAGCUGCUUGUAGAGAAGGAGCGUGACAAGGAAGUUUCUGAUGAUGAGGAAGAAGAAAAGAAAGAGGAAGACAAAGAAGAGAAAAGUGAAGAAGACAAACCAAAGGUAGAGGAUCUGGAUGAAAAUGAUGAUGAUGAAGCUGAAUCAAAAGAUAAGAAAAAGAAGAAGAAAAUUAAAGAAAAGUACAGUGAAGAGGAAGAGCUUAACAAAACAAAACCACUGUGGACCAGAAAUUCAGAUGAUAUCACACAGGAAGAAUAUGCAGAGUUCUACAAGUCUUUGACUAAUGAUUGGGAGGACCACCUCGCUGUGAAACACUUUUCUGUGGAAGGACAAUUGGAGUUCAGGGCACUCCUUUUUAUUCCUAAGAGGGCUCCUUUUGAUAUGUUUGAGAACAAGAAAAAGAAGAACAACAUUAAGCUGUAUGUCAGAAGAGUCUUUAUCAUGGACAAUUGUGAAGACCUUAUUCCAGAGUAUUUGAAUUUUGUGAAAGGUGUUGUAGAUUCAGAAGAUUUACCACUUAACAUUUCCAGAGAAAUGCUUCAACAGAGCAAAAUAUUGAAAGUCAUCAGAAAGAACCUUGUCAAAAAAUGUGUUGAGCUCAUUGAAGACUUGUCAGAAGACAAAGAAAACUACAAAAAGUUUUAUGAACAGUUUGCUAAAAACCUUAAAGUAAGUGUUUAAUUAUAUAUAUAUAUUUAUAUACCUAACAUACAUACAAGAAACAAAACCUGGCAGCUUUACCUUAAUCAUUUUUUAAAACUUUUUUAGGAAUUUUUGUAUGCAUUAGUGAAGCUUAAAUGUCAAUUUAAUUUCAGUUGGGGAUCCAUGAAGACAGCACCAAUAGAAAGAAGCUAGCAGACUUCCUGAGAUACUAUACAUCACAAUCCGGCGAUGAAUUGACCUCCCUUAAGGACUACGUUUCUAGGAUGAGAGAGAAUCAAAAGGACAUUUAUUACAUUACAGGUAUACCUUUUUAUUUUUAAUUUGACGACAGCCACUAAACAUAAUUAAAAAUUAUAUGAAGGUGGUAAAAAUGUUACCUUUACCGUCCGGAACCCAACCUUAUGGUUAUAAUUUAUAGAAGUGGUGACUCUGUUUAUAUUUAAACUAGGCUUGGACAACAGAUCUUUUAAGGAGCACUGAAAUUCGGUGCAUAUAAUCAAAUUUGAGUAUUAAUUACAUUUGAUUUUGGUUAUUAUUCCUAUAAAUCAUGCAAUAUAUCAACCAAAGUUUUAAAAAUCAUUUACCGACAACUGUAUAGGGAUUUAUUUUAAUUUUGGAAAAAGUUUUUAAAAAUAAUUUCAGUUACAAAGGUUUUUAGGGCCUUUGCCAAGUCAUGGAGAUACCUGACAAAUACUUUUAUAGAAAUAUGUUGCUGGAAUUCAAUUUAUUUAUAAAGGACAAAAAAACGUGCUAAAUCUGUAAUGAGCGAUGUAUAUUUUCAUUGUUAGAAAAUGUAAAGCUGUAUAUUUUCACUGUUAGAAAAUGUAAUGCUUGAAUUGUUUGCUAGGUGGAAUUAGUUGGUCCUGGCUGUAAAUAAAAUCUUAAAGGGCACUAUAGGGGAGGUGUGUGGGGAAUCUGUAAAGGUAUGUCUAAAUUUUAGAUAUUUGUUUACAGGUGAAACAAAGGAAUCUGUACAAAACUCAGCUUUUGUUGAGCGAGUUAAAAAGAGGGGCUAUGAAGUCAUCUACAUGAUUGAUCCCAUUGAUGAAUACUCUGUACAGCAGCUGAAGGAGUAUGAGGGAAAGAACUUGGUUUGUGUCACAAAAGAAGGUCUUGAAUUACCAGAGGAUGAAGCUGAAAAGAAACGUCUUGAGGAAGCCAAGUCACAGUUCGAAGGUCUUUGCAAAGUUAUGAAGGAAAUACUUGACAAAAAAGUGGAAAAGGUUAGUGCCGAAUUAUUUGAAUACAAAUCUGGGUUUUGAAUACAGAUUAGGGUUUUGUAAAUAGUUGUUGUACUUGUAGAACAUGGAACUGAACUGACUUUAGCUUCGCCAAAUUUCAGUUUUCUGAAAUGCAUUUAUUUCCAGGUGGUUGUUUCGAAUCGUCUUGUCACUUCCCCAUGCUGCAUAGUUACUUCUCAAUAUGGUUGGUCUGCCAACAUGGAAAGAAUAAUGAAAGCUCAAGCUUUAAGAGACACAAGUACAAUGGGCUACAUGGCUGCCAAGAAACAUCUUGAAAUUAACCCAGAUCAUCCCAUUAUUAAAACUUUAAAAGAAAAGGCUGAUGCAGACAAAAAUGACAAAGCUGUUAAAGACCUCUGUUUGUUGCUGUUUGAAACUUCCCUUCUUGCAUCAGGCUUCAGUCUUGAAGACCCCACCUCACAUGCUAACAGAAUUCACAGAAUGAUAAAACUAGGCUUAGGUAAGUUUAAAAAAAACCUGUUUACUUUUUGAACGAUUUUUUUACUUUUAAAUCAAAAUAGUUCAAUAAGUGACUGAAUUUAUUUUUAGUUUAAACGUUAUUGCUAUCAUAGCUUAAUUAUGCUAGUUUUGAUCAAUGUGCUGAAAUCUUGUUUAUUCAGACCAUGUUUCACAGAUUUGGGGGAUAAUAUGUAAAUGAGUGGCUAUAGUGAAGUAUGUUAAUGUGCAUGUAUUAAUAAACAGAUUGUUGAUUUAAUCGUUCCUUAUCUUUCAGGUAUUGAUGACGAUGAUGCUGCAUGUGGUGAUGCUGGAGCUGGAACUGAAGGUGCCAGCACAGAAGACAUGCCACCACUGGAGGGAGAUGAGGAUGAUGCUUCCCGUAUGGAAGAGGUGGACUAAUAUGCUGUGUACCAAAUUUUCACAUUUAACUUUUGAAAAGUUUGAUUUGAUGUAUUGUCAAAGAUCAGUGGUAUUUUUUCUUAGAACCGGUAUUAAGUUUCUCAUAUGUAUUUAGAUAGUAAAUUGCUGCCACACAGUUACAAUGGAUAAUUAAUCUUUGUACUCUGCUGGUUUUUUUAAAAUAUAUAAUACUCGCUGGUAUUCUAUCAUCAAAGUAAACAUUUCAGGUGUUAAAUUUUAAUAGUACUGCCAUUUUUCCAUUUCAUUUGUGCAAUUUUUCUUGAUGUUGAAAUUUUAUAAUAAAUGUUUAUAAUUUUGGAA